AUGCAUCGCAUAUCCUUCGCUGUCGCUCUGAGCGCUCUACUGUCCCACGGGAGCUGCUCGUACUGCAGCGGCCUUUACGAGCCUUUCCCAUGUGGCGUGAUGGUGCCAGGCGACACCCUCAGUCGUGGCCAGUGCAUCGCUAACGGCGACGACACACUCGUCCUCCAGGCGGAUGGCAACCUUGUCCACUACACUGGGAAGCUCACCGUGUCGGGGGAUGCGGUCAGCGGCAAUGCCGAAUCCGCCACCGGCACAACUGAGGGCUUUGAACUCAGAUUCCAGACUGAUGGAAACCUCGUCCUGUACUCCAAAGUCACUGUGGUCUCUUCAAGCUCAAACUUCACCAUCGAGCAGAGCGACACGUCGGGCGAAGCUUCGUCAGACUUCUCCUUGGCGUACAAGGCCAGCAGCACGUUCGCCUACAGCGUCUACAGCGUCAGCCCCACCGGCGCCAGGCGUCGGCGUCUUGCCACGACACUCGUCUUCGCCGGGCAGUGCGGCGGCACAGCUUGCUGCAACGACUGGUGCGCCUGCGGCGAGGACAUCGACGUGACCCAGGCUCACCGGGGCGGCACGCUGCUGGUUCAGGUGGACUCCGAGCCCGAGGGCUGUGGCAUCGGCAGCCCAGCCCAGUUCAAGGUUGAGGUUGCGACCGCUGCCCCUCCGCCUCCGCCUCCAUCUCCACCUCUGUCUCCUCCAGAGGAAGCCGAACCCCUUGUGGAAGCGGCCGUCGCCGCGAGCGUCACCGUCGCGACCACAGCAGCAACAGCUACCGCUGCCACCGCAGCCGCGGCGGUCUCGGCGUCGAUCGGAGCAAUCAAAGCGGCCGAGGCCGCGGCCCUAGUGGCGGGCGCCAUCGCCGCCGCCGCCGCGGCGGCGGCCGCCGCCAAGGCAGCCAGGGGCGCCGCCAGAGCGGCGGUACUGAGAAAGGAGCUACGCAAGCGCAAGGAGGGAAACGCCAAGCUCGAGCGGACCAUUAGUCGUCUUCGCGAGCAGGUUGCGGCAGCGAGUGCAUCCACUCCGAUCAGUCAAGAGUCUCGUUCUGCUGCUUGGAUCGACAGCACCGCAACGGCUGUGUGCGAAGCGUCGAGCGCUGUGAUGGACUCGCCGCUCGCUGCGGUCGAGGCUUGGUCGCUCGACGAGAUGCUCGAGGCCCCCGAGGUGAGCAUCUCUGCUCUCCUCGCCAAGGCGCUGCGCUCGCCGUUGCAAGAAGCGGCGAAAGCGAGUGGCGCGGUGGUCGUUGGCGGCCGCCGCUCUGUUUGUGUGGCCGAGGCGCCGGAAGGCUUGCUUGAGAAGGCCUUCGCGGAGCAGCUGGGCGAGGACGCACAGUGCGAGGAGCGACUCGCGGCACUCUUGGGCACCCGCGACUUCAGCGAGACGCUGGCUCACGCGCUCGCUCCCGCGCUGCGAGCGCUGCACGAGAGCUCGCCCGCGGCGCUGAGCCGGGCGUCGGUGGCGAGGGUCGAGUCCGCACCUCCGCUCUCUGGCAAGUUCAUCGCCACCGCCGAGGAGGCGCAGCCGACGCUGCGUGCGCGGCUCGACGUCGCCGGCGAGCUGGGCUCCCUCUCCCUCACCUCGCUCAAGGAGCGGCUGUGCGCGCUGCUCGAGCUCGAGCCGGCGCUGGUGAACGUCACCGCCGGCGAGGGCGAGGCUGAGGGCACGAGCGACGGGGAGGGUGAGGGCGACGGCCCAUCGGCGGAGCUCUGCAUCGAGGUGACCUGCGUCUCGCCGGACACGCUGCUGCUCUCUGCUUCGGCGACGCGGCUCCACGCGCUGCCGCCCGGGCCGAGCUCGGAGCUCGGAGUGACGCUCGUGCGCUCUGCCGAGGCGAGCGUGGACCUGGUCGUGCCCGCGCUGCGCUUCGGCGAGGUGUCGGCGCUCUUCGGAGGGCUCGCCGCCAUCAUCGGCAAGCGGCCGGAGGUGCCGCUUCUCCAGGCGAUGAAGCAGGAGCACCACGGAGCAGCGGACUCCCGCGAGCCCUUCACCACGGGCAACUACAGCAUCUCGACAACGUCCGCGAUCGAGCACACCUUUGUCGUCGCGCCACAGGAAGGGCCGAGGCUGAUGGAGUCGGCACGGCCCCUCCUGCUCGGCGAGGCCGCGCCGUCGGGAGCGGGGCCCGACGAGCAGGACUCGUGGUGGCCUCACGAGCCCGCGCUGCGCGACGACCCGACGCGCCGCUCCCACUGCCGCGUGCCGCGCCCGAUGGAGGAGUUUGCAGAGGCGCGGGCGGAGGUGGACACGCACCUGGCGGCGGUGGGCGUGCCUCCGAUCCGGGACGACGAGUUCAUCGCCCUCCGCCUCUACACCGGCCCCAUGUUCGAGAAGUACUGCGCCGUGCUGCGCGGCGUGCCGCCCGGCUCCGCCUUCCUGACGGGCAAGUUCCAAAAGCUCUGCCUGGGCAACACCUACCCGGCGACCAUCUACGCGCUGGGCGACGCGCUCUCCAAGCUGAGCAAGAUCUCGCGCGCGGAGAAGGUGUACCGCGGCGUGGCGGGGCUGCGCCUGCCGGACGAGUUCCUCACCCGCGACGAGUUCGGCGUCCGCGGAGGCGUCGAGUUCGGCUUCCUGUCGGCGACGACGGACCGCAGCGUCGCGCUGGCGUACGCGGCGAGCGGCUCGUCGACGGGCGUGGUGUACGAGAUCCAGCAGACGAUGGGGAGCCGCGGCGCCGACAUCUCGUGGUGCAGCCAGUACCCGUUCGAGAAGGAGGUGUGCUUCGCGCCGCUGCUCGGGCUCGAGGUGCAGGAGGGGGCGGGCGGCGCGCCGGCCAAGCGGAUCGAGGGCGGCGUGGUGGUCGUCGAGCUGCUGGCGAGCGUGUCGCACGGCAGUACGGAGGAGGAAAUGUCGCCUGAUGCAGUGACGCGUGCGCGCCCUUCCUUUCUCGCAAAGCACUUGCUUCCCUGCAUCCGCCGCGUGUUCCCGAUGAAGUCGCUGGCAGCGGCCGAGGCUGCUGCUAGCAAUGCGGAGCAGGAUGCGGCGGCGUCCAUGAAGCGUGUCGAAGAUGAAGAAGCGCGAGCACAGGCGAGGGCACAGCACCUGAAGGUGCAGCUGCUUGCGCAAGACAACGAGUCGGUGGAGCACCACGCGACCAUCCAAGGUCUGAGGCUCGACUUGGCUCACGCGCUGGCACACAAUGCCAAGCUGACGGAGGAGGACCUCGCCAGAGCGGAGGCGUGGCUAAGCUCCAAGGCUCUGGCCGCCUGCGAGGCAUCAGGUGAUGCGACGAGCCCGUCAGAGGUGCCCGACGAGGCGGAGAGCUGGUGCAUCGAGCAGCUGAUCGACGGCCGCGAGGUCAACAUCAAAGGCAUCCUCAGCCACAUGCUGCGACGUCGGCUGCAGUGGGCAGCAAAGGGGUGCGACGCCGUGUGGAGCAGCUCGCUUGAGAAGGCCUUCGCGAUGCACCUGGGCGAGCAUGCACAGUGCGAGGAGCGACUCGCCGCCUACCUGCACGAAGAAGGACUCGGCCAGGUGAUGGCUCACGCGCUCGCUCCCGCGCUGCGAGCGCUGCACGAGAGCUCGCCCGCGGCGCUGAGCCGGGCGUCGGUGGCGAGGGUCGAGUCCGCACCUCCGCUCUCUGGCAAGUUCAUCGCCACCGCCGAGGAGGCGCAGCCGACGCUGCGUGCGCGGCUCGACGUCGCCGGCGAGCUGGGCUCCCUCUCCCUCACCUCGCUCAAGGAGCGGCUGUGCGCGCUGCUCGAGCUCGAGCCGGCGCUGGUGAACGUCACCGCCGGCGAGGGCGAGGCUGAGGGCACGAGCGACGGGGAGGGUGAGGGCGACGGCCCAUCGGCGGAGCUCUGCAUCGAGGUGACCUGCGUCUCGCCGGACACGCUGCUGCUCUCUGCUUCGGCGACGCGGCUCCACGCGCUGCCGCCCGGGCUGAGCUCGGAGCUCGGAGUGACGCUCGUGCGCUCUGCCGAGGCGAGCGUGGACCUGGUCGUGCCCGCGCUGCGCUUCGGCGAGGUGUCGGCGCUCUUCGGAGGGCUCGCCGCCAUCAUCGGCAAGCGGCCGGAGGUGCCGCUUCUCCAGGCGAUGAAGCAGGAGCACCACGGAGCAGCGGACUCCCGCGAGCCCUUCACCACGGGCAACUACAGCAUCUCGACGACGUCCGCGAUCGAGCACACCUUUGUCGUCGCGCCACAGGAAGGGCCGAGGCUGAUGGAGUCGGCGCGGCCCCUCCUGCUCGGCGAGGCCGCGCCGUCGGGAGCGGGGCCCGACGAGCAGGACUCGUGGUGGCCUCACGAGCCCGCGCUGCGCGACGACCCGACGCGCCGCUCCCACUGCCGCGUGCCGCGCCCGAUGGAGGAGUUUGCAGAGGCGCGGGCGGAGGUGGACACGCACCUGGCGGCGGUGGGCGUGCCUCCGAUCCGGGACGACGAGUUCAUCGCCCUCCGCCUCUACACCGGCCCCAUGUUCGAGAAGUACUGCGCCGUGCUGCGCGGCGUGCCGCCCGGCUCCGCCUUCCUGACGGGCAAGUUCCAAAAGCUCUGCCUGGGCAACACCUACCCGGCGACCAUCUACGCGCUGGGCGACGCGCUCUCCAAGCUGAGCAAGAUCUCGCGCGCGGAGAAGGUGUACCGCGGCGUGGCGGGGCUGCGCCUGCCGGACGAGUUCCUCACCCGCGACGAGUUCGGCGUCCGCGGAGGCGUCGAGUUCGGCUUCCUGUCGGCGACGACGGACCGCAGCGUCGCGCUGGCGUACGCGGCGAGCGGCUCGUCGACGGGCGUGGUGUACGAGAUCCAGCAGACGAUGGGGAGCCGCGGCGCCGACAUCUCGUGGUGCAGCCAGUACCCGUUCGAGAAGGAGGUGUGCUUCGCGCCGCUGCUCGGGCUCGAGGUGCAGGAGGGGGCGGGCGGCGCGCCGGCCAAGCGGAUCGAGGGCGGCGUGGUGGUCGUCGAGCUGCUGGCGAGCGUGUCGCACGGCAGUACGGAGGAGGCACCGCCACCGGAGCUGCAGCCCCUGCCCGACUCGGCCCCGUCGGGCCAUCUCUCAUCGCGCAAGUCGAAAGGCGCGAGCAUCGCGCCGACCGCAUCAGUGUCAGCCGCUGAAGACGACGACGAUGGUCAGGCUGACGGUGCCAACGUGGAUGAUGGCCCGCGGCUGUCUACGUACGCCCACACACAGAGUCUCUAG